GUGAUACAGAGUCUCUUUCAGUGAAGUGACUCUGAUGUUUUGGGAGUCCGAGCUACAGACUAGCUUUGACAAAUAUCCAGCAUGACAGCAGAACAGGCAUUCGUCACUUUGGCCACAAACGAUAGCUAUGCGAGAGGAGCGAUGGUGCUUGGAAAAUCUCUUAGGAACCACACGACUUCAAAAAAGCUGGUGGUGCUCAUUGGUCCACAUGUGUCCGAUCAGUCGAGGGCAGUGCUUCGUAAGAUCUUUGAUGAAGUCAGGCUAGUGGAUGUGUUGGACAGUGGGGACACAGCACACUUGGCCAUGAUGAAGAGACCUGAUCUGGGGGUCACUUUCACCAAGCUGCACUGCUGGACUCUCACACACUACUCCAAGUGUGUGUUUAUGGACGCAGACACACUGGUUGUCUCCAACAUCGAUGAGCUGUUUGACAGAGAGGAGCUGUCUGCGGCUCCAGACCCUGGUUGGCCUGAUUGUUUUAACUCUGGUGUGUUCGUGUUUCGGCCAUCCAACGAAACCUACGGCAAACUCCUGCAGUACUGCACAGAGCACGGCAGCUUCGACGGAGGGGACCAAGGAGUUCUGAACGGCUUCUUCAGCGACUGGGCAACAGCCGACAUCAACAAACACCUUCCCUUCAUCUAUAACAUGAGCAGCAUAGCCAUCUACACGUACCUUCCUGCAUUUAAACAAUACGGUGCAAAUGCAAAGGUUGUGCACUUCCUGGGCCAGACGAAGCCGUGGAGCUACACGUAUAACCUCACGCAGAGGAGAGUGAGAGGAGACGCGCAGGCCUCGUCUCAGCCCGGCUUCCUGCUGCAGUGGUGGGCUCUGUACAGCGCCGAGGUGCUGCCCGCUCUGAUCCGAGAGUAUGGAGACCAGCGCUUCGACUCCGGCUGUGAGGAGGAUGCUGCGGCGAGCGAGGAGCGUGUUCAGCCGCUCAUGUCCUCAGCGGAGCGCAAGCAGAGAUGGGAGCAGGGCCAGGCCGACUACAUGGGAAUAGACUCUUUUGACAACAUUCAGAAAAAGCUUGACGUUUUCCUGAAAUAAAAAGUCAAACAGAUAUUUGAGAGGGUAUUCAGCUAUGCAAGACUGUCACACUGUGGCUGCUAACACGUCACUCUCUGUCUUCUUCAUUCAAGCAUGCAAUGCUAACUGUACCUUUAAACCUCAAAAUGUGAAUUCUGGCAGUGCAUGGCAUUUUUCAUAGAUAGGGCGGUCACUUGCUCAAUGUUCAGUCAUUCGUCUGGACUUAUACUGACACCUAGAGGUUUGAGGAUUCCUGAACAUACAAAUGCUGACUAUACAUUGAUAAAUAUAUACCAUUUACAUACAAAAGUCAAGUAUUGAGUAACUUCUGCUGUUAGUAUUGAAGAUGAAUAAAACAAAACAUUUUUCAUAAAGAAAAUCAGACUUGUUUUCUUGUUCUUCACCUGUUGUUGAUUCUGCUUCGAAGGCUUUCUGCUCUUGAAUGUUGAUCACAUAUAUCUUCCUUUUUAUAUCUUUUUACUUUUGUCUUUUUGUAUCUCUGUUUUCUUGAAUUCUGUGUUACAGAGCCAUUGUCCCCUCUGGCUACAAAAUAAAACUGGCAAAAUGA